GGUGUUAGAAUUAUAUAUGAACUCAGUUAGUGUACUGGAUUAAGUUACGCUAAUCAAUUUACGGAAUGGGACGAUUUAUUCUUUCCUGUCUGCUGGCUCAUCAUUUUCUUCAGACGGUUUACGCUGCACCGAUAGAGGAUCACUCAAAGAGAAUUCAGCAGGACCAACGUCGAUUCUGGCACAUUUCUGACUUACACUUGGAUCCUACAUACCAUGUGACAGAGGACCACGCCAAAGUGUGUUUCUCCUCAAAGGGAGUGCCUGCGUCUGACCCAGGGCUGUUUGGAGACAUCAUGUGUGACUCCCCAUAUCAGCUCAUCCAGUCUGCCUUUCAUUAUAUGAAGCAGGUGGAUCUGCAGCCAGAAUUCAUCAUGUGGACUGGGGACAGUCCGCCACAUGUGCCUCCAGAUGAACUGUCGACGGAUAUUGUGAUCAGUGUUAUCAGCAACAUGACGCAUACCAUCCGUCAGUUCUUCCCGCAUUUACCUGUUUACCCUGCCCUGGGCAACCACGACUACUGGCCACAGGAUCAGCUGCCAACAUCAACAAAUGCAAUCUAUCAAGCCGCGGCGAAACUCUGGGAACCUUGGCUUAAUGCAGAGGCCCUUGGGACCCUGAGAGAGGGGGGCUUCUACUCCCAAGUGAUUCAGCCUAAGUUACGUCUGGUGAGUCUGAACACAAAUCUCUACUACAGCCCUAAUAAGGCCACGGUAAACAUGACCGACCCAGCUGGACAGUUUGAAUGGCUACAGAACUCACUGGAGCGGUCCAGACAGAACAUGGAGAAGGUCUACAUCAUUGCCCAUGUACCAGUUGGUUACCUGCCCUAUGCAAAAGACACAACUGCCAUCAGAGAAAUGUACAACCAGAGACUCGUAGAGAUAUUCCGCAAUUACAGUGACGUAAUUCAGGGUCAGUUUUAUGGCCACACUCACAGAGACAGCAUAAUGGUACUGCUGGACCAGCAGGGUAACCCCAUCAGCUCUCUUUUUGUCACGCCGGCUGUUACCCCGAUCAAAAGUUUAUUUGAACCAUAUACAAACAACCCCGGUGUCCGCAUGUACCUCUACGACUCUUUAGACUACAGUCUACAGGAUAUUUGGCAAUUCUAUAUGAAUCUCACUGAAGCAAACGAGGAGAAAGUAUCUAACUGGAGGCUUGAAUACAGCAUGACUAAAGCUUUUGAAAUCAAAGACAUUCAACCUCAAAGCUUGCAUGAACUUGCCUCAAGAUUUGAAACUCCACAAAGCAAAGAGUUUCAAAAGUAUUUCAGCCAUUUUAUGGUGAGUUACAAUAACACCAUAGCUUGUGAGGGAAAGUGUAAAGCCACUCAGCUUUGUGCUCUGAAGUUUUUGGACAGGGACUCCUAUUCAAAGUGUAUCAAGAGUGUCAAAGAGGACAGGACCAGUGAAUGAGAUUCAUGACAAUUAAACUGACACUUAGGUACUUUAAAAGAAUCAAUGCAAAGUAAUUUUUUUGUAAUUUCAGAGAAGCCGAAGCACAGGAGAUAGUGAUCAAAUACACUUUAUAUGUAUAAUAAAUUUUUCUCUGAAUUAAAAUUGCAUUCUGCGCUACAGUGGCUGAUUUAGGCCUAUUUUCCUCUGGAAAGUCAUUAUUAGGCAUUUUCAGGAAUGACAUUUUUUGUCAUGUGACAACAUGACUGAGUGUCUCUCAGGAGUAAUCUAAUUAUUACUUGGAGCUGUUGACCUGUGUUGGUAAUUUAUUUUUAAUUCUUUUCUUGUCAUAUGGUAAAUUAAAGAAACUGUGAUGCGUUUGCUAA